AUUUAUUCUUUCCCUCCUAAAAUACAGACACUUAACAAUGUUCUAUUUACAAAGUGCGCAUCCACGCAAAAAUUUCCGGACAGGCUAAAAACCAUAAAGAUGUGAUCCAUAAUCAGGAGAAAAAUGAAUCAACAGAAACUGAUUCAGAAAUAAACAAGAGGCAGACGCUGCUCACAGAAGUCUAGAACUCCAAGGUGAAGCCCCCACUGGGUUGGACAUUUUCUUAUUCCUUGUGUCAUUUAAAGCACAACUCCCGAGAUUUUACGUGAUCUAACAGCUAGACGCCUCUCCGUUACAGGUUGUAGAGAUUACUCCCAGGUCCAAACGUUGGCUCUGUUCAGAUUUUUAGUUAUAUUUGUGGAAAUCUGAGUGCAUGUUGUCACACACAACGACUGCUUUUUAUGGGUUUUGUUUUUAUUUUUAAAGAUAGCGUCUUGUUCUGGCCCCCAGGCUGGAAUGCAGUGGUGUGAUCAUAGUUCAUGGCAGUCUCGAACUCCUGGGCCCAAGCGAUCCUCCCAGCUCAGCCCUCAGGACUUACAGAAAAGGAUGCGCCUCCACUUAGCAAGGCUGGGCAGGAUGUGGUUCUGCAUCUGCCCACAGACGGGGUGGUUCUAGACGGCCGCGAGAGCACAGAUGACCACGCCAUCGUCCAGUAUGAGUGGGCGCUGCUGCAGGGGGACCCGUCAGUGGACAUGAAGGUGCCUCAAUCAGGAACCCUGAAGCUGUCCCACCUACAGGAGGGAACCUACACCUUCCAGCUGACAGUGAUGGAUACGGCCGGGCAGAGAAGCUCUGACAACGUGUCAGUGACGGUGCUUCGUGCGGCCUACUCCACAGGAGGAUGUUUGCACACUUGCUCGCGCUACCACUUCUUCUGUGACGAUGGCUGCUGCAUUGACAUCACACUCGCCUGCGAUGGAGUGCAGCAGUGUCCUGACGGGUCUGAUGAAGACUUCUGCCAAAAUCUGGGCCUGGACCGCAAGAUGGUAACCCACGUGGUAGCUAGUCCUGCCCUGCCAAGAACCACAGGGCCGAGUGAAGAUGCAGGGGUUGACUCCUUGGUGGAAAAGUCUCAGAAAGCCACUGCCCCAAACAAGCCACCUGCAUUAUCAAACACAGAGAAGAGGAAUCAUUCCGCCUUUUGGGGACCAGAGAGUCAAAUCAUUCCUGUGAUGCCAGAUAGUAGUUCCUCAAGGAAGGACAGAAAAGAGGAAAAUUACAUUUUUGAGUCAAAGGGCGAUGGAGGAGGCGGGGAACACCCAGCCCCAGAAACAGGUGCGGUGCUACCUCUGGCGCUGGGUUUGGCUAUCACUGCCCUGCUGCUUCUCAUGGUUGCAUGCCGACUACGACUGGUGAAACAGAAACUGAAAAAAGCUCGUCCCAUUACAUCUGAGGAAUCGGACUACCUCAUAAAUGGGAUGUAUCUAUAAGAAUGUAAUUUAAAUAGCUUGGGGCAAGGACAUGUUUUGUUUAUAAUUUAUACGUCUAUUAAGUUCUGGAUAUUUACAGCUUCUUUCGUUUUUAAUUGGGCCAAAAGAUUCUGCAAAUCCCAAAUCUUUGUCUUUAUUGUAAAAAAAAAGUUCCUUAGGAAAUUGUAACAUAUUUUGCAAUUUAGAGAGGAAUUCAUGAUUAAAGAUUUCUAAAAAUAUAAUUCUGAUUUAUGUAAGCUGUCCCUGAAAAUAGAAAUUUGUACUUAGCUGAGAGAAAAUUCAGUAUUUCAGGAGGUGGUAUUAGGAUGACUGUGUUAACCCCUUACUUUUUAGAAGCCAACUGUUGGCCCCUUACCAUGCUGGACUGCUAUAGGCCCAGCUUCCUCUCGUUCUGUGGCCCUUUUCUUCCUCUUUGAAGCUCCCAAUGUUCUUUUUCUUUUCCCCUCUAAACCUGUUUCUGAGAGUGGAUCUCAAGUGAGUUCAUGCCUUCAAUCAGAUGUUACUUAUGGUGGGUAUACCUAAAUUAUAAACCUUAUGUACAGGUCAGUGAGCCUCAGGAAGAUGAGUGUGGGUCCUUCCCAGUCCUCUGACAUCGUGUCAUAUAGGUGGCUGCCUCCUUAGACUGACCUUUGGGAGAAAAAAACCCAGACUUUGAAUUAGAAAAGCUCUAAGAUGGUCAUGCAGUGAGAUAGGAAAUCAAGAUGAAAGCAGAGAAUCUGGCAUGCCAAAAAUGAACAGAAACUUAGUUGAGGGCAAAGAGAGCAAGGAGAACGUUUAAUACUUCGCUACAUCAAGUCAACACUGCUCCAUGGUGAGAUCACAGCAACUCAUUUAUAUACAUAUAGCCUUUGUUGAUGAAAGAGAAAAAUGCCAAUUGAAGAGAGGACAUUGAGUGGAUUCCUGGGUACAGCUUUUGUAAAAAUAUCAUCAUGGCUUUCAUCCAGUGGAGUGAGUCGAUUUUUUUUAAUGUUAUAAAACGUUAGAAUGUGCCAUCAGCUGAUGCCAGGCUUAUGUAUUUCUAGGGCAUAAAACAGUUUUUCAGAAAUUCAUCUUUAUAGAAAACCAGCAUCUAGCUUAGCAUCUUUCCCCUUUUAAUUUGUAGGCUUUUAAAAGCAAAUUAUUCCCACCAUCACUUAACGCCGGGAUUAUACACAUUCUAGAAAUGAUUCUGAGAGGAAUGUAUAGUAUGGUAUGCUAUACAUAUAGUAUACUAUCUACACUCACAUGAUGUUCUUAUUUACAUAUUUUUUAACCAUAAGUGGCAAAUAUUUAAAAAUAUUUGAAAAACACUCCAGAAUCUAGUACACUUUAUUUUUAGACUGACCCUGAAGUAGGUUGUUCUUUUAACAAAGGGUUUAAUUUGGGUGGGGAAUAUAACAUAUCAAAAUACAUGAACAAAUGGAAAGUUAAUUCUAGAAAAGCAAAGAAAUUGGGUAUCAUUUUUGUUUCUUGGGAAGCUAGUUUUGUUGAAUGUUUAGAAUUGAGCAAAGAUUUAAAUUUUUCAAGGGCAGUUUAGAAAAAUUAACUUUGUGAAUGAACUUAAGAUGUCUGUACUCUACAUGUGAUGCUGUGCAGUUUGUUUUUGUAUGGAAAGAUGUCACCUAUAGCCAUAACCAAUAAAAUAAAAACUGAUGAGGCAUGCAGCUUUCAGCACAUCUUUUAUACCUGAAGAAAUUAAUUUUGUGUUGCUAUGGUGUUGAAAUAUCUGAGAAAGAUGUUCUGUAUCUAUGUAAACAUGAUUCCUUUAAUAAAUUGUAUUUUAUUAUUAA